AUGGACGCGCAGGAGUGCGAGGCGGCGGCGGCGCCUGAGCCCCCCGGCCGCGGCUGCGUGGCCGCCUGGUGGGACAUGGUCGAGCGGAACGUGCGAUCUUUUCCAAACUCCUGUUCAACCCUUGGAAGAAAAAUUGCUGCUCUGUACAACAGCUUUACCAGUAAAUCAUUAAAAGAACACAUUUUCCCUCCUCUGAUGGACAUGCUAAUUUAUGUUAACUUUUUCAAAGCCCCAUUUCUUGUGGAUUUAAAGAAACCAGAGUCAAAGAUUCCUCACACGGUGAAUUUCUACAUUAGAGCUGAACCUGGGGUGAUCCUGGGAGUCUGGCACACAGUCCCCAGCUGCCGGGGGGAAGAUGCCAAGGGGAAGGACCGAUGCUGGUAUGAAGCGGCCCUUCAUGACGGGAACCCAAUUAUUGUUUAUCUUCAUGGCAGUGCAGAACACAGGGCAGCCCCUCAGAGACUUAGGCUGGUAAAGGUGCUGAGUGAUGGAGGCUUUCAUGUCUUGUCUGUUGACUACAGAGGGUUUGGGGACUCUACAGGUAAGCCCACAGAGGAGGGACUGACUGUGGAUGCUAUUUGUGUCUAUGAAUGGACCAAGGCAAGAAGUGGCACCACCCCUGUGUGUCUCUGGGGCCACUCUCUGGGUACAGGGGUUGCAACAAAUGCAGCAAAAGUAUUAGAAGAGAAAGGAUGUCCAGUUGACGCUAUUGUCUUGGAAGCUCCGUUUACCAACAUGUGGGUUGCAAGUAUCAAUUAUCCCUUGUUAAAGAUUUACCGGAAACUUCCAGGAUUUUUACGCACGCUUAUGGAUGCCCUGAGAAAAGACAAAAUAGUCUUCCCUAAUGAUGAAAAUGUGAAAUUCCUGUCUUCUCCCCUUCUCAUCAUACAUGGAGAGGAUGAUAGGACAGUGCCUUUGGAGUACGGAAAAAAGCUCUAUGAAAUUGCACACAAUGCAUACAGGAACAAAGAGAGGGUCAAGAUGGUUAUCUUUCCUCCUGGCUUCCAACACAACUUCCUUUGUAAAAGCCCCAAACUGUUAAUAACCGUGAGAGAUUUCCUGAGCAAGCAGUGGGCGUAAGGUCUGAGAGAAGCGGAAAUCUUCAGUGAAGU